AUGGCCUCCGCCGACUCGGAGCGCAAGAGGCGGAAGCUCGAGGAGGCAGCGGUGGGUGCCGUAGCUGGGGAUGGAGACGAGGAACCGGAGGAAGAGGAGCGCUGGGUCGGGCCCCUCCCGGGGGAGGCUGCGCAGGCCAAAAAGAGGAGAGUCCUUGAAUUUGAACAUGUCUACCUUGAAAAUCUUCCGAGUGCUUCAAUGUAUGAACGCAGUUACAUGCACAGAGAUGUCAUUACACAUGUAGUGUGUACUAAGACAGAUUUUAUCAUAACUGCCAGCCAUGAUGGACAUGUCAAAUUCUGGAAGAAAGUAGAAGAAGGGAUUGAAUUUGUUAAACAUUUUCGUAGCCAUUUAGGGGUCAUUGAGAGUAUUGCAGUUAGUUCAGAAGGGGCAUUAUUCUGUUCUGUUGGGGAUGACAAAGCAAUGAAGGUGUUUGAUGUAGUGAACUUUGAUAUGAUCAACAUGCUGAAACUUGGCUACUACCCUGGCCAGUGUGAAUGGAUAUACUGCCCUGGAGAUGCCAUAUCUUCUGUUGCAUCUUCUGAGAAGAGCACAGGAAAGAUAUUCAUAUACGAUGGUCGAGGAAAUAACCAGCCACUUCAUAUUUUUGAUAAACUCCAUACAUCCCCUCUUACUCAGAUACGGCUGAACCCCACCUACAAAGUAGUAGUGUCUUCUGACAAGUCUGGAAUGAUUGAAUACUGGACUGGGCCUCCUCAUGAAUAUAAAUUCCCCAAAAAUGUGAACUGGGAGUAUAAAACAGACACUGAUUUAUAUGAAUUUGCUAAAUGUAAAGCUUACCCAUCCAGUAUAUGUUUCUCACCUGAUGGCAAGAAAAUGGCCACUAUUGGUUCCGAUAGAAAAGUUAGAAUUUUCAGGUUCUUGACUGGGAAGCUUAUGAGAGUCUUUGAUGAAUCCCUGAGUAUGUUUACUGAGCUGCAACAGAUGAGACAACAGCUGCCAGACAUGGAGUUUGGCCGACGUAUGGCUGUUGAGCGUGAGUUGGAGAAGGUGGAUGCAGUCAGGUUAAUUAACAUAAUUUUUGAUGAAACUGGACACUUCGUGCUCUAUGGAACAAUGCUGGGUGUUAAGGUCAUAAAUGUAGAAACUAACCGGUGUGUUCGUAUCUUAGGGAAACAGGAAAAUAUCAGGGUGAUGCAACUGGCUUUGUUCCAAGGUGUGGCAAAGAAACAUCGUGCUGCAACCACUAUAGAGAUGAAAGCAUCUGAAAACCCUGUUCUCCAGAAUAUCCAGGCAGAUCCAACAAUAGUCUGCACAUCUUUCAAAAAGAACAGGUUUUACAUGUUUACUAAACGUGAACCAGAAGAUACAAAGAGUGCAGAUUCUGACAGAGAUGUAUUUAAUGAGAAACCAUCUAAGGAAGAGGUCAUGGCAGCCACUCAAGCUGAAGGCCCCAAAAGGGUUUCUGAUAGUGCCAUUAUCCACACAAGUAUGGGAGAUAUUCAUGUCAAGCUUUUCCCUGUUGAAUGCUGGUGUGAUACAGCACUGUUUUAUGCAAGUUAUGUGUUACUGCAGAGAUAGCAGAGCUGUGCUAUUUCACGCAGUCUAGGGGAAAGGAGAAUAGAACAUGUGGGUGGCAGCAGCAGAUCUGCCAACAGCUUUCUAAACCAGAGGGAUGAUGCAUCCUGCAACUCCGAAAGAAAUUGCUUUAUGCAUAAAUUUUGUGCCAUUGCAAACCUGAAACCACUCAUGAGAGCUACCUUCUCCGUCAAAAUUGUAUCCUACAAUGGAGAAAGUUUUACGUGCAACUAUGCAUGAAUUUAUGCCAUUUAUGUUCAACUGCUGGUACACAACUGAGAAGGGUUCUGUGUACAACUGUUGAUGAAUAAAAUCUUCUGUUCACAUCUGUACUUCUGUACCCCAACGUCUGCUCCUUCUCAACUUUCCAAGCCCACUUAAGCAUUAAAAAUCCCUAGGAACUUAAUAUACAAAAACUUUUUGUUGUGAAGCACUUAAGGUUUGUUGUAUGUGUAGCAGCCCUGACGGUUUCACAAACGCAUGGACAUGAAAAGUAAACCCACUCAACAGUACAUACUCUAUGCUCCUCCACCCACAGACACAUACGUGCCUUACCAUUAUCACAACUGCCAUACAGCACUGUGCAACACAACCUUCACUCUGCCCCCAAUAAUGCUAGCCUUCUAUCACUUCCUUUACCAACCCACACUGUCCCUAUACAACGCCCUACUACAACAAAUGUCCACAACUAAUAGUACUUAAGAGUAUGUAGGUUUGUUGAAGAGGACAGAGUUAAGGUUUGGAAUGCAUGUUUUGUCAUAUACAGCAUUUGUGAUAAAUGGUAUUUUGUGUGCCUCUGGGUGGAUAAGCCAGGUAUGUAUGGCUAAGUGGCGUAACUUUUCAUUUUCAUGUUUUUGUGGAUCUGAGUCAGGUAUAUUUGUAUGUGUAAAGCAACCCUAACUGCUUUACAACAAAGUUUUUGUGUAGAUUAAGUGUAAUGUUGUUACAUUGUUCUGUAACUCUGGUAACAAUUUUGUCUGUGUCAAAUUCAAGCCAUGAUGGUGAAAGGUUCUUUAUUCUGUUAGCAGUAAUGUAUAAUCUAGUCCCUCUGUGAUCCAAACAGUAUUUGUAUGUUGACAAUCAGCAGUUUCAGUUUUAAAGAAGGGGUAAAGAACUGUGUGGCUCUGUGCUGAUCUAGAAGUUUCCUUUAGCACUAAAGCAUUUAAUCCUCAAAUUCCUUACUUCUAUUAGAUGGUAUUGAACACGUCACUUGGUAUACCCAUUCAUGUUGCAGGCCAUUGUUUGAUAGAAUUACCUUGGUAAAGGGAUGUUAAUUUAUUUUUCUGCUUGUGAGUUGCAUACUACUGCUGUUGUGAACAUUGGUUCCACUUUAUACUUCUUAAUACUUUGUAAUUUUAUCUACAGUAUGUAAGUGGAACUAUGGGGAGGACAUACUGUCUAGUGGUUAGGGCACUAGUCUUGGGAGAACUGGCUUUUUUUAUGGCCCUGCUGUUGACCAGCUGUGUGACCCUGGGCAAGUCAUUGCACCCAUCUAUGCCUCCUGCUUUUUGUCGGUUACCUGUUAAGCUUAUGCAUUCUUUGGGGGUAGGGUCUGUCUUAUUAUGUCUUAUUAUGUGUUUUUUGUGUAGUGCCCAGUACAAUGGGUCCUCGAUCUCAGGCGGAGCCCCUAGGGCACUACUGCAGUAAAAAUUAAGUAUUAUUUAGUCUUGCCUUAAAUUUGUUAUGCAA